AUGGUUUCUGCGCCGUCGGGCGCCGCCGUGCUGGCUGUGAACUACACCCUCAUCACGCUGGCCGCUAUCAUCAUCGGUGCUCGCAUCUACCUACGGUUGGUAAUUCAGAGGCAGAAACUCGUAGCUGCAGACUGGAUCCGGAUUCUAGCAUGGUGCUCAGCAUUUGCCACAGCAUCUUUUGAUGUUGUUUUUAUGAAGGAGGGAGCACUAGAUGCCGAGAUCAAUUACACUCUAUCUAACUGGGAAGUCAAGCCUGAAAAGCUUGAGAGAGUACUUCGGUACAUGUGGGCUGUGAUCAUUCCUUACUUCACAACUUUCUACCUCUGCAAAUCAUCCCUUCUCGUCAUCUACCUUCAGCUAUUCCCGCAGUUUAUGACCAGGAGGAGACUCGUGCUCUGGGCAGUAGUGGUUUAUUGCGUACUCGCAUACAUAAUCUCGAUAUGCCUGCAGCUGUUUCUCUGCUUUCCAAUCCGAAGGAAUUGGUCAAUUCUGGGCCCCGACGAAUUUUGCGAUGACUGGGCUUUGGUCACUACAUUCCAGGUCGCCUGGAUACUGCACUUUAUAGGCAGUCUUUCUCUUUUUGUUCUGCCGUUCCUCGUCCUCCAUAAGCUCAAUAUGCGUACAAGAGUCAAAGUCAGUGUCUACUUCAUCUUUCUCCUAGGAUUGGUGGACAUAGCAUUCUCCCUGACGCGCUUCUUGACCAUUCAGCUGAGCAACAUCGGUGACUUUCGAUCUAUUACGACAGUUGAGCUUUGGAGUGCAUUGGAUGCCUACAUUGGUCUGAUCAUCGCUUGCCUUCCUGCUCUCCGACCAUACCUGCGCAGAAAAGGGUCUAAAUACAACUACGCGGGGUCAGGACGACCAGCCAACUCCGCGGCGGCCGCGCGCGGGACAGCACAGAACGGAUUCGAAGAGAUCGACGACGGAACGCCAUCUCUCGAAGGUGGCGCUGAAGCUGGUCCAUGGACUGUGACGCAUUCACCUGAGCUUGGUGCAGGAUGGAGCGACAGGAAGAGCAAUAGAAGUGAUAUUGAGCUUGUUAGACUUGAUGUCGCUGCGGUCAAAGACCAGGUGCAUGUAUGA